CGUCUCAGAUCGCUUCAGAAGCAGCGGCAGCAGCAGCACGCGCGCGGACACGGACGGAGAUGGCGGGAGCGCAGCCGGGGGUCCACGCGCUCCAGCUCAAGCGCGUUUCAGUGCCCGAGAGCCUGAGGACCGGCGACAAGUUCAUUAAAUGGGACGAUGACUGCACUACAGUUACGCCCGUGACGCUGCGUGUUGACCCGCGGGGCUACUUCCUGUACUGGACCGAUCAGAAUAAGGAGACCGACCUGUUAGACCUCUCGCUCAUCAAGGAUACGAGAAAUGGGAGAUUUGCCAAGACGCCAAAGGAGGCCAAGCAGCGAGAGCUUCUGGAUGUGGGGACUCUGGAGGGGAGGCUGGAGAACCGGACACUCACAGUGGUCAGCGGUGCAGACAUGGUCAACAUCACCUGCCUGAACUUUACAGCCUUCAACGAAGAGGUGGCCAAGGAGUGGGCCGAAGAGCUUUUCAGCUUGGCGUCGAACCUGCUGGCUCAGAACAUGUCCAGAGAAUCCUGUCUGGAGAAAGUGUACACAAGACUGACGUUACAGCUGACGGCCGAGGGUGGCAUUCCUGUGAAAAAUAUCUUCCGUCUGUUCUCGGCCGACAGACGGAGGGUUGAAAACGCUCUGGAGGUCUGCAGCCUGCCGACAGGACGAAAUGACGCCAUUCCUCAGGAUACAUUUACACCUGACGUAUACCGACAGCUCCUGAACAACAUUUGUCCGCGGAACGACAUCGAUACGAUUUUCUCAGAAAUCGGCGCUAAGAUCCGGCCGUACCUCACCGUAGAGCAGAUGACGGAUUUCCUGAACAACAGACAGAGAGACCCUCGUCUGAACGAGAUCCUGUACCCGCCCCUCAAAGCGGAGCAAGUGCAGGGAUUGGUGGAGAAAUACGAGCCUGACACCAUGCUUUCACGAAGAGCGGGUCAGCUGGCGGGAAACUCGUCUGUGGAGAUGUACCGGCAGGUUUUGCUAUCCGGCUGUCGCUGUAUAGAGCUGGACUGCUGGAAGGGGCGCACCGCUGACGAGGAGCCGUUCAUCACUCACGGCUUCACCAUGACCUCAGAGAUCUGCUUCAAGGAGGUGAUUGAGGCCAUCGCAGAGAGCGCCUUCAAGAUGUCUCCGUUCCCAGUCAUCCUGUCCUUUGAGAACCAUGUGGACUCUCCCAAACAGCAGGCGAAGAUGGCAGAGUAUUGCCGAUCAAUAUUUGGAGACGCAUUGCUCACAGACCCACUGGAGAAAUAUCCCUUGGAGGCCGGUGUUCCUCUGCCCAGCCCCGUGGACCUGAUGGGCAAAAUCCUCAUCAAGAACAAGAAGAAUUCCCACAAAGCUGACGGCAGCACCAAGAAGAAGCUCUUCGAGCAAACGUCCAACCCCUGCAGCGACACGUCCAGCAUGUGUGAGCCCUCGUCUCCCAGCGCAGGUGCACACACAAAAACACCUCAUUCUGCAGUCAUCAGAGAGUCAGUUGAGCCACACUGGUCGACACAUCAGGAGAUUCACAUCAGCAUUCAUGCAGACGGGAACGAGGCAGGCGAAAGAAGAUUGCAGGGAAUGAAGUCAAUUGAUAAAACGACAGGGUCGCUAUCACGCAACGCAAGUCUGGCCGAUGAUAAAGCAGAAGCGGACGCAGAGAGUGAUGCAGAGGAAGAUAACGAUGAAAGUAAGAAGUCCAUGGAUGAGGGGACGGUAAAUGAAGCCUUCGCCACAGAGGAGAUGUCCAACUUAGUCAACUACAUUCAGCCUGUUAAAUUCAACUCCUUCGAGGCGUGCAAAAAAAUCGAUCGAAGUUAUGAAAUGUCAUCGUUUGUGGAGACCAAAGCGCUGGAGCUGCUCAAAGAAUCGCCGGUGGAGUUCGUCGAGUAUAAUAAACUGCAGCUGAGCAGAAUUUAUCCCAAAGGAACUCGAGUGGACUCGUCAAACUACAUGCCUCAGGUCUUCUGGAACGCCGGAUGUCAGCUGGUCGCUCUGAACUUCCAGACCAUAGAUCUGCCCAUGCAGCUGAAUCUGGGCAUCUUUGAGUACAACGGGAAAUGCGGCUACAGACUGAAGCCAGAGUUCAUGCGACGGACGGACAAACAGUUUGACCCGUUCACUCAGAAUACAGUCGACGGGAUCGUAGCGCACACGCUGUCUGUGAAGAUCAUAUCCGGCCAGUUUCUGUCUGAUAAGAGAGUCGGUGUUUACGUGGAGGUGGAAAUGUUCGGCCUGCCGGUGGACACCAAAAGGAAAGCGUUUAAGACCAAGACGUCUCAAGGCAAUGCCGUCAAUCCGGUGUGGGAUGAAGAUCCAGUGGUCUUCAAAAGAGUGGUUCUUCCCACGCUGGCAUCAUUGAGGAUAGCUGUGUACGAAGAGAACGGGAAGUUUAUCGGUCAUCGCAUCAUCCCAGUGUGUGCCAUCCGACCCGGAUAUCAUUACAUCAGUCUGAGGAACGAGAAGAACCAGACGCUGACGCUUCCGUCCGUCUUCAUCUACACUGAGGUCAAGGACUACGUCCCAGACACCUUUGCAGACGUGAUCGAGGCCCUGUCCAAUCCCAUCCUGUACAUCAGUCUGAUGGAGCAAAGAGCCAAUCAGCUGGCGGCUCUGACACAAGAGGAGGGAGCGCAGGAGACCGACAGAGAAGAGGUCAGUGGCGGUGGAGAUCCUGUGUCAGAGGUCAAGACUGACCCUAAACCCGCCGCAGAGUACGGGCUGAAUCACGACAGCAUCUCGCCCAAAUCCUCCGUCGUCAGUCACCAGACGUCAUCCUCAGGUGUGUGUGUGUCAGAGGUGGACGCUCAGUCUGUAGAUGAACUGAAACAGAUGAAGGGAUAUUUGAGGGAGCAGAAGAAGCAGUACAAAGAACUAAAGGAGCUCAUGAGGAAACACAACAAGAAAACGAACGAGCUGAUUAACGAACACGCGUCCAGACAGAAGCAGCUGCGCAGGUCUGCGCUGCAGAAGAGGUGUGUGUCGGAUCAGGAUCAGGAUCUGCUGGCGCUGGAGCAGGAGAGGUGUGAGAAACUGAAGGAGCAGCAGCAGCGGCAGCUCCUCACGCUCAGACAGGAGCAGUUCUACAGCGAGAAGUACCUCAAACGAGAGCACGUCAAACUGCUUGUUGAGAAGCUCACGGCUGUGGCAGAAGAGUGUCAGAAUAACCAGCUGAAGAAACUGAAGGAUCUGUGUGAGAAAGAAAACAAAGACUUGAAGAAAAGGAUGGACAAGAGACGACAGGAGAAGUUUCAAGAAGCCCGAACGCUGGAGAAGACUCUGACUGAGGAGAAAAAGAUGAAGAUGAACAGAUCACACGUGAACGAGGUGGUGCAGUCCAUCAAACGGCUGGAAGAAGCUCAGGACAAACGACUGGAGAGAUUGCUGGAAAAACAUAAAGACAUUCGACAGCAAAUCCUGGGAGACAAACCAAAGCUUCAGAGCGAGCUGGACCAGGAGUAUCAGGACAAGUUUCGGAGGCUCCCAGCGGAAAUCCAAGAGUUCGUGCAGGACUCUGCUGCUUGUAAAGGCAAGUUAAGCCAAGACAGUGACUUUCUUCCCAUUUCCAGAACGCCGGGGAAGCUGAAGCCCUCGCUCUCGCCAGCUGAAGAUGUGGAGCGAUCUUCAGAGAAAGUCUUCGACACACCACUCUGAGCUAGUUGUACCUUUGUAAACAUGUUUUUGUACUUGAUACGCUGUCGAGUUUCCCUGAUUUAAUGUGCACCUUUUAGUACGACGACUGGAUGACUUACUUGAACAGUGUUAAAAAUAAUUUUCCUUUUUUUUUACUUUUAAAACUCGUAGUUUUCACAAGAACUUUCUGCUUAUGUGGAUUUAAAUGUGUGUAUGUGUUUUUACGGACUGUCAUGUAUGUUUAGAUGAGUCUCUUAAUGAUUUCAAACGGCUCUGAAGUCUUUUAAUAUUAAAUUUAGGCUCUACUUAUGUCACAUGUUAUCAUGGACCGUUCUGCCACAAUUUACUUUGUAUGAAUUCAGUUUUUAAUAAUAUAACAACACGUGGACAUGAAACAUAAAGGCAUCAAGUGAUUCAUUUGCUUGCAUGUUAUUGUACAGAAAUGCGAAGUGGAAGGAAAACAAGUAUGUGAAGAUUAACAUUUAUGCAUUCGGCAGACUUACACUGCAGUCUCUCUGGGAAUUGAACCCAUGACCUCGACGUUACUAGCUUGAUCUGCUGUCUGAGCUGCAGGAUGAUGCUUAAUAAAGAUGUUUAACAGAUUCGCAUGUGCCACAAAGAGGAAUAUUUGAUCACAAAUGCACUGUGGGAAAAUGUUUAACUGGACCAAAGCUUUCAAAUGAAGAUGAACUUUAAAGUCAGCAGACUCUGUCAUUGACGUGAUGAAUGUACAGUUGAGGUCAGAAGAUUACAUGCACCUUUCAGAAUCUGCAAAAUGUUAAUUAUUUUACCAAAACAUGAGGGAUCAUACAAA